UGCACCUCCACCUGCACCAUGCUCCUCCGCCUGUGCUGCCUCCUGCUCUGCCCGGGAUCGGCGCUCCUCCUGGGGGACUUGGUGUUCCGAUGCCCCCCCUGCACGGCCGAGCUCCUGGCCCUGUGUCCCGACGUGCCGGACUUCUGCGGGGAGAUCGUGAGGGAGCCCGGGUGCGGGUGCUGUCCCGUUUGCGCCCGGGUGGAGGGGGAGUUCUGUGGGGUCUACACGCCCAGAUGCUCCUCGGGUUUGAGGUGUUACCCCACGCCCGGAGCCCUGUACCCCCUGCAGGACCUGCUCAUGGGACUGGGGAGGUGUGGGCAGAGGGUGGAGCUCCCGGAGGUGACCAACGAGGUGCUGGGCACAGAGACCCCUCCCCUCCUCCGUAGACCUCCUCUGGACCCCCGGGCCUGGCAGGAGGCCGCUCUGAAGCAGCACCUGAAGGAGAUCAGGACCAGGAUGAAGACCUGCCCCCUGGACGAGACCCGGGCUCCCAGGGUCCCACUGAGCGCGUGUCAGAUGGAGCUGGACAAAGUGAUGGAGGAAGUGUCGAAAAUCACCACGGAGGACCACAAGGGACCUCUGGAGAACCUGUCCGAGCUCAAGUUCCCGAACUGCGACCGCUUCGGCCUCUACAACAUCAAACAGUGUAACAUGUCUCUUCGGGGGCAGAGGGGAGAGUGCUGGUGUGUGAAUCCUCUGACCGGAGAACAGAUCCCGACUUCCCCUCGAGUCCGAGGAGACCCCAACUGUGAGCAGUACUUCAUCACCGGGGUGACGGAGAUGGCGACUGAGUACUGAAGAAUAUUACUACUACUACUACUACUA